AUGGUGGAUAGUAAUCCAGAUGAGUGGCUCGAAAAGAUCAAGAAAUGUCAGUCAUUGACUGAAAAUGAAAUGAAACAAUUAUGUGAAAUGGUUAAGGAACUUUUAAUGGAGGAGAGUAAUAUUCAACCUGUACAGACACCGGUGACGGUAUGUGGUGACAUACACGGACAGUUUCACGAUCUUUUAGAGUUGUUUAGAACUGCAGGUGGAUUCCCAGACUCUGUGAAUUACAUCUUUCUAGGUGACUAUGUCGAUCGUGGUUAUUAUAGUUUAGAGACUUUCACACUUUUAAUGUGCUUAAAAGUGAAAUAUCCAUCCAGAAUUACCAUGGUAAGAGGUAAUCAUGAAUCAAGACAAAUUACUCAAGUUUAUGGUUUUUAUGAAGAAUGUUUAAACAAAUACGGAUCUACUACAGUGUGGAAAUACUGUUGUCAAGUAUUUGAUUUCCUAACGUUAGCUGCAAUCAUCGACGGUAGGAUAUUAUGUGUUCACGGUGGUCUUUCUCCAGAAAUUAGAAUGCUAGAUCAAAUAAGAGUUCUUUCGCGUGCUCAAGAAGUGCCUCAUGAAGGUGGGUUUUCGGAUUUGCUUUGGUCUGAUCCUGAUAAUGUGGAAGAUUGGCAAGUUUCACCAAGAGGUGCUGGAUGGUUAUUUGGAUCCAAGGUCGCUAGAGAAUUCAACCAUGUCAAUGGUCUAAAUUUGAUUGCAAGAGCCCACCAAUUGGUAAUGGAGGGUUUCAAGUACCAUUUCCCAGAGAAGGAUGUGGUUACAGUUUGGUCAGCACCUAAUUACUGCUACAGAUGUGGUAAUGUUGCCAGUGUCAUGAAAGUGGAUGAAGACUUGGAACCCACUUUUAAAAUAUUCUCGGCAGUGCCGGAUGACUACAUUCAAGAGACCGCUGCAAGUAAUAGCACUCAACGUGGUGGAUACUUCUUGUAA